UGCUUAAUGCAGACAGAGAGGAGGAGGAGAGAGGAAGGUUAUUUAUGCCUCAGCAGGUCUGGAGGUAUGGAUCUUACAGCGAUGGCUUUCUACAAAGUGAUGUGUUUGGCUGCUGGGCUGAUGCUCCUGACCCAAGAGUCUGAGUCACAGCUGGAUGUUUGUGGUCAGCCAAAGCUCAACACCAGGAUUGUAGGAGGACAGGUGGCUCCUGUUGGCAGCUGGCCCUGGCAGGUCAGUCUGCAAACAUCUGGGUUCCACUUCUGUGGAGGAUCCCUCAUUAACAGUCAGUGGGUGCUGACUGCUGCUCACUGCUUUCAAACCAGUACUGUAAAUGGUCUGACUGUGAAUCUGGGCCGUCAGAGUCUAGAGGGAUCUAAUCCCAAUGCAGUGUCUCGGACAGUAACAAAGAUCAUCAACCAUCCAAACUACAACUCUGUUACCAACAACAACGACAUCUGCCUCCUGCAGCUCUCCUCUCCGGUGAAUUUCACCAGCUACAUUUCUCCCGUCUGCCUGGCAGCUUCAGACAGCACCUUCUACAGCGGUGUUAACAGCUGGGUCACUGGCUGGGGCACUAUAGGAAGUGGAGUUUCGCUUCCUUCUCCACAAAACCUGAUGGAGGUGGAGGUUCCUGUUGUAGGAAACAGGAAGUGUAACUGUAACUAUGGAGUGGGAGAAAUCACUGACAACAUGAUCUGUGCCGGGUUAAGUGCAGGAGGAAAGGACUCCUGUCAGGGGGAUUCAGGAGGUCCAAUGGUGAGCAAGCAGAACGGUCGCUGGAUUCAGGCGGGAGUCGUCAGUUUUGGGAAUGGUUGUGCCAGGCCCAAUUUUCCAGGAGUCUACGCCAGAGUAUCCCAGUACCAGACCUGGAUCAACAGCCAGAUCUCCUCCAACCAGCCGGGCUUCAUGACGUUCACGUCCACUGGGACCAACAGUGACCUCAGUGUCACCUGCACAGGACUGCCACCAGUGCCAACCACCACCCCUACUACCACCACCAGCAAACCGGUGUUCUGUGGACAAGCUCCGAAGAAUUCUGGCAUUUUGGGAGGAACCUCAAUGGCGACAGCCGGCUCGUGGCCGUGGAUGGCGAGCCUGCAGAAGAACGGAAGUCAUGUGUGUGGUGGGACUCUGGUGGCCUUGGACUCAGUGCUGAGCAACGCCAACUGUUUCUCAAGCUCCCCUGUAGCGUCCGAGUGGACUGUCGUGUUGGGGCGUCUGACGCUAAAUGGAUCCAACCCCUUUGAGGUGACGCUGAAUGUGACUAAUAUCACUCUGAGCAACACGACCGGGACCAACAUAGCCAUCCUCCGUCUAUCGGCCCAGCCCACCCUGACCGACUACAUCCAGCCCAUCUGCUUGGACAACGGGAGAACCUUCGCCGAGGGCUUGGCGUGCUGGGCGGCCGGUUGGAGUCCUGGAAGAGGAGGAGCUGAGGAAGUUAUGCAGCAGUUUCAGACCUCGGUGGUAAACUGUGGGAACUCAUCAUCGAGUGGGAGCAUCUGUACAGACGUGUUUGCACUGCAGCAGGGUGAUUCUGGCGGCCCGCUGAUGUGUAAGCAGAGCGGCUCUUGGUUCCAGACGGUCGUGUUAACAGCUCCGAGCUCCUCUGCCAGGAGGAGACGAAGCUCAGUCAUGACCUUCACCAGACUGAGCACCUUUGAUGCCUUCCUGACGAAGACACUGGGGACACUCUUGUCUCCAGCCUCCAACACCACCACAACUGUGGUAUCACAAAGCAGCGGGGGUCGUCCUGCUCACUCCUUCAUCUUUGUCUUCUUCCAUCUCCUCAGCCUCGCCUUUUGUCUCCAACUCUUCCUGUAGAGAGUUUGACUUGAUCGACAUGAUGUGAUGGACACAAAUGAAUGUGAACAAGCCUCAACCUUCCGACUUUACACGCUUAAAGCUGUGCCUGCUAAUCUUUGACUUGAUUCUGCCUCAAUUGGUUAUCUAGAGCUCAGUGGUGACGUUUGGGCGGGUUUACUGCCAACUAAGGGUGACUUUAGUGUACCACUGCCAAGAAAACUAAGCUAGUUGUGUAAUGUGUGCCAUAUCGUUUUGAUCGUUGAGGGGCAGCAUUUUUAUCAUGAAUUCUGACUCAUAGUGUGUACUGUACAUUUGUUUAUGAUUAUAUACGUACCCCAGACUUGACAAGAUUUUUGCCAGACGACUUGCAGAUGAAUAACAUGAAUAACUACGCACCCGUGCACAGGUAGCUGCUUUUUUGCAAACAGUUUUACUUUGCCGCCACAUUUAAGUUGUCUUUUAUACAAACUAAUGCCCAUGUGCUCGAGUGAUGAAUAAAACUGAUUAAUAAUUUUUUAUUCUGUAAAGAUCUUUCUUCUGAUUA